AUGGAGAUCCUCCGCGAAGCACCCAAGCCAUCCUCCUUCGUCCCCCUCAUCGAGCAUCAGUCCAGCACUCCCGCCUCGUUCUACACUGGCCCGCCCGUCCUGCACUACUACAGCGACAGGAGCAAACUGGUCGUGCUGGAACAUGAAGCGCAAUCGAUCCCAGCAUUAGCACCCCUGCUCGAGGCAUCUGCGCCGCAACCAGAUCCUCAACCUCAAGCCUCGACCACAAACGGCACGUCCGACACCAAUGCGACAGGGACGCAGAGAGUCAUCACCGAGCUGGACGUCUACGUCACCUCGGACAAACUCCUCCUGUAUCAAAAUGCCGUGAACGUCGGUCUUGCAAUACCGUACCCGUCCAUUUCAUUACACGCGAUCCAAUCCCUCCCCUCCCCUGCCCCGGGCGAACAACAGGGCCUCUACAUGCAGGUGCUCUCAAAGACCCCGGAAGCAGGUGAAGACGAAGACCCAGAAAGCAUAUCCCUAACAGUGAUCCCCACGGCGUCCGCGCCGCCGCAAGUCACGUCCACCGCGUCAGGGACGACAGAGACGGGACUUGAAAGCGAGGACGAGAAAGAACAGACGCCCGUGCUGGCCAUGUUCAACGCUCUCUCCGCUUGCUCCAAUCUUCACCCGGACCCGCUCGAGCCCGGCGACGACGACGACGGGGACGACGAUGCAGGCCCCGGCGGAAGUCGACUGUUCAGAGCGGGUCUUGCGUUCCCCGGCGCCAGCGAUGGUGGAUUGCCACCCGCGAUGCCGGGCAGUGGAGGGUGGAUCACCGCGGACAAUAUGCACGAGUUUGUCGACGAGGAAGGAAACUGGAUCGGUGGGGAUGAUCAAGGGGAAGGCGAAGACGAGGAGGAGGAGGGGAAUGAGAAUGGAGAUGGGGCGACGGCUGGUGGUAAUUAUAGCCCUCUAGGCCCUGGCGCUGGCACAGUCCGACCACGAGACGAUGGCCAGCAGGGCAACGGAGCUGACGACAACACGAAAUGGAGAUGA